UCAGUCUAGCGGGCAUCAGUGCCACUGCUCUUGGUCAGUGCAAAGUGCGUGGUUUUUUCUACGAUAGUUGCGCAAUUUUGAAAGCGGCGGUCAACCGGGGUUUUUUUUUAGUUUCGUUCGUCUGGUUUCUCAUCGAAUCUUAGUCCCGUCGCGGAGCUCAGCGCUUAGCCACUGCGGUUCUCUCGAAGCAAGGGAAGUUGGAGCUUCUUGGAUAAUAUCAGCGAUUAACUAAUUAAUAUUUAGUGUGUUCGGAAGUUAGCUGCGAGUAACACGAGCGGUGAUUGUGGAUUUUCGGUUUACACGCGCGUUUGUGUUAGCGCACCGAGGUCGAACAUCAAUAUUGCAGGAUUUCUAUGCGGUAAAAUGAGAACGCUACUGUAUCCUCUCGUUUUGUGGGCGGUGUUGGUGUCCACGGAGAGCCGCACUUUUUCAUCCAUCAUCAGGAGGGAUUUCCGCAAAAGUCCUCUCUGCCAACGACAGAGUGAAGCUUACACCGAGGCGUUCCAGAAUUUCACACUAUGGGCUGUUCAAAUGUACGAUGCCUCAGCAAAGCUACCGAAUGGUAUCUUGGCAGCGAACAACUACCAUUUGGGCAAUUUUGACGAAUGUUUGGCCAUCUCUGCCGACUUGGGCAAAAUCAACGGGGGUCAAGUGGACGGCAAAUACUGUCUCGUCAAACUCCAGUUGGGCACCCAAGUCCCUCACUCUCCACCGCGCGUGAGCAUCGAAUUCAAUCCCUUCGAAAAUGCUUGGGAUAAAAUUCGGCCAUCGGGGGAGCUGACGAUUUGGCGGCGGGACGAGAUGUACUGGGGAGUGUGCGUGCCCUCCGGCUGCAGGGAGCGAGACAUCCAGCGUGACGUCGACGAGUUCCUCCAGCGGAGUUGGUUCGCUGACCACGUCACCGCCACCGUCAACGCCUCCUUCUGCCAGACGCGAGCCUCCGUCAAGAGCGAGGCUCAAUCGGAAACUCUCGACAGGAUAACAAUGGACCUAUUUAUCGUUCUGAUAGCUUUGACCAUUGGCAGCACAGUCUAUGAUUUCUACUUCAAUGAAGAUGUCGAUCAGUCGAACAGUGGUGGCGUGCUGAUGAAACUGUUCAUGUGUUUCUCGAUGCGGCAAAAUUUGCGAGCGUUGUUCGUGCCGAAGCUAUAUCAGCCUGGAUUUGAUGCCAUGACAGGAGCGCGUACCAUCCUCACUCUCCUCGUCCUCUACGGACACCGGUGGAGAAUGCUCGUCGUGUCGCCAAUAAUAGAAGCCAGCACAUAUGAAGAGAAAAGCCGUUCUUUCACAUUCAUGACAACUUGUCUUAUAAUCAUCAACUCGUUCUUCGUCAUAAGUGGAUUCAUCGUCGGCUACUUUUUCUACGCAGAACUUGAAAAACGGGAUAAAGCUAAAAAACUUAGCUUGUCGGUCAUAAUAUCUCCGCUAAUUUACCGAUUUUUAAGAUUUACUCCAUUAUACGCUGUGGUAAUUUUACUGAACCUGACUCUUCUCCCGAAAUUGAGCAGCGGUCCCAUUUGGCCGAAGGCCAUCUUGCCCGAAGUGGAGCACUGCCGCGAAAGUUGGUGGACUAACCUACUCUACAUCAAUAACUACUACAUGGCUGACAAAAUGUGCAUGUUCCAAUCGUGGUACUUAUCGACAGACAUGCAGUUAUUCAUCGUGGCGCUGGUGCUCCUGUACAUUUACAAACAGAAUGAGGUCCUGGCAAAACGACUGUUUGCCGCUGCUAUUUUCGUCCCAAUCAUCUGUCAAGGAAUCAUGAUCUACGCCCGCGAUGAUCCUGCGUACAUGAUUGUCGACGAGCAACGCAUGAAGAAAGUUCCUGGAGAGUACUACUACAUGACUUACUACAUUCCCACUCAUUUCAGACUCCCUUGCUACCUGAUUGGAGUUGUUGCGGGAGUAUAUGCAUGGAAGGCGAAAGACACGCCGCCGACUCUCUCAUUGUUGGCGACGAACUUGUACACAGCGGCACUCGUUGCUUUCUCAGCGGCGUUCCAGAGCAUUGGACAUGAGUUCACGCGACCCUCCAGCAUGAGAGAUAGCUUGGUGCUCAGGACACUCUACGGGUGUCUUCACUGCUCCGUCUGGGCCUUCUGCUCAGCCAUGGUCAUCUACCUCAAUCUCCGCAGAGAGGGCGGAUGGUUCCAACGAGUUUUUCUUUUCUAUCCGUUCAUACUGUUUAGUAAAUUGUCAUUCGGGGCUUACUUGCUGCACUCAAUGACGCAGAGUAUCGAAUUUGGCUCUCUGAGGGCUCCAAAAACGCCUUCAAGACAAGAAGAGUAUUGGAUGACCGCGGGAGAUGUUAUAUUUGUCCACCUUUUCUCUUGCAUUUUAUGUCUACUAGUGGAGGUGCCAUUCUCUCGGAUACAAAAACUUAUUCUGCUCGGUGGAGGGAAAAGUCAAGAAGCUGAACCAUCUGGUGAGGCGAAAAAAGUUGAAUGAUGUACCCAUGUGAUUUCCUAUUUACUUGUCUGUGAUGAAGCCUCCGACAACCAUCAGGUCUAUGUUCUCAGACCACGAACCAAGGCCCGCCGAGUUUCUGAAACUUGCUCCAUUAUUAAUAAGCAUCGUGAUCAAAUUAAUUUAGGGCUCCUAUUUUUAGUUUUGAGAUAGAAGCAUUAUGUACAUACUUACUUUCUUAAUUUAUUUUUUCUGUGCUUUCUAAUAGUUUGAUUUUUCUGAAUAGUUUAAAUUUCUCGAGUUUUUAAAAAUAAUGAAAGGCCAUUUCUAGUGUUUAAGGCCAUUUAAAUACUACAAAAUGCUCCUUUGAAUUUUACGCCCCGUCUUCAAUUUCCUCUCAAUUUGGACAAUCCAGGCCCCUGCGGGCUGAUUAAUGAAAUUGAUAGACAAAAAAGACGACGUGGAAAUUGGGCGAUCCUAUUUGUUGAAACGAGUGGUUGCUUUAGACAAAAGGGGAAAUUGAUUGACUAACUAUAGAGUCUCUUGUGAAUUACUGUUACUUAGUCUGCUGCUUGGAUCAUUUGUCUAUUGCAACCACCCACUUCCACCAAUGGGAUCGCUCCAUUAUCUUUUUGUCUUCUAUGUCUACCUCUAGGUCUAUCAAUUUCAAUAAUCGGCCCACUGAAAUAAAGCUGAGGGAUACUGAACAUAUUUGCCGGAUUGUAACCAAGAAAAAAAACAGGGGCGAAUUAUCUUGAAUGAAUUUGUUCGCUUUUUCUGAUACUGAGGAAGUUCGUUGGACAUUUCCGCCGCAUUUCGUUUGAAAACCAAUUGAAUUUUAAAACCUCCCUUAAAUGUGUCUCAGAGAAUAAAGUUUGUAAUUUAUUAAUUACGUAAAGGUGAAUCUCGUAGAUAUUAUUUAUAUUUUAUAUUUUAACUAUAAAAAAGAUUCCGCUUGCAACAAGCCGCAUCAGCCUAAGAGUUUCGACGGAAAGUUUAUCCCAGCACAGAAAACUGCAAUUGUUUGAAGGUGAUUCAUGUGAUUAUAAAGUUCCUUAACAACUCUUAAGCCAAGAUCUUUUUUUAAAAGGAAAACAAACAAACAGAAUAUGCGCUCAUUUUCCAUCAAAAAUGUAUUUUAAUUCUAAUGACUAUUUUGUACAUAUUAAUUUAUAAAUUUUUUUUAUUUUAAACGGAA